AUGUGUGGCAAUGAGUCACACGUUCUCGUUGAGCAGCGAACCUCGCUUUUUCGUCUCUGUAAUGAUCUCACCGAAAAAACUCGAAAAAACGUUUCGAGACAUCGUUUACUUUAUAAGACCUCAUGUCACUGGCUUCUCUGUGAUCCAUGGUCCUCGUGGGCUCCGGUCUCGGUCCCAUAUUGGGAGUUCCUUCUUUCAGCCAUUUUAUCGGUCUUUGCUCUUGGAAAUCUUGCGUAUGCUUCACAACAAGCAAUCAAAGGUAAGGUUGAGGGUGCCGGAAAGGGUUCAUCUGCCUGCUGUGCCUUUUUUACUUUGGCACUUUUAGCUCAAUUGCACAUCAUGCAUAGCGUAAACACACAUCCACCGCGUAAUGAAGGUGAAUCAUUGCAUUAUUGUGAAGCGGGUUGGAGUCUAUUAUCGGGAUGUUUGGGAACAACACUUGCAGGAAUUUGCGGAUAUCUCUACCUAUCGGCGGCUCAAUUAUUAGCCGACAGAGAGAGAAGUCAACGGAGACGCCGAUUGAUGCACAAUGCAAUUAUGAGCAGUUGCCGACAAGAAAUCGCUCUGGCUAUCCGUGCGAAAAUGACUGUACUU